AUGGCAGAUCAAGACGAAGAUUUGAUUCCUAGUCAAACAGCAGGUUAUAAAGUUGGUCAAAAAAAGACCCUCGAAGAAUAUAACAGUUUAGAUGCCAACGAUGAAUCUCUUAAAAAGUGGAAAGAAACCCUCGGGUUAGGUACUCCGGCUUCUGGUCCUGUUGACGAUCCUCGAAGAGUUGUUAUUCUUGAAAUUGCACUAGAAGUUCCAGGAAGAACAGAUGUCGUUUUGGAUUUAUCAACUCCAGAGUUACUUGAAAAUGUUAAAAAUAAUCCAUUUACAAUCAAAGAAGGCGUGGAAUAUCGUAUGAAAGCCAAAUUUAGAGUGCAACAUGAAGUUGUUUCCGGAUUAAAAUAUUUGCAAGUUAUUAAGAGAAAAGGAAUCAGAGUUGAUAAAACCGAAGAAAUGAUUGGAAGUUACGGACCAAAUCCCAACUCAGAACCUUAUGAGAAGAAAUUCAUGGCAGAAGAAGCUCCAAGCGGUAUGAUCGCACGUGGUCAUUAUGAUGCAAAAAGUAAAUUUAUCGACGAUGAUGGUAUCACUCAUAUUGAAUGGUCUUGGUCUUUUGAUAUCAAAAAGGAUUGGGAUUAA